AUGUCUGGUAUGGAGGAAAGCACAUCAAGCCAGGAAAAAUUCCUGGGUGAAAUGGAAAAAGUCCAAGGCAAAGCUAAGGGAGAAAUUCCAGAAGAUUUGGUUUUGAUUUAUAAGGGCAUUCUUUAUCCCAGCUUUAUGUGCAGUGAGGAGACCUUUCAUGCACUGGAAUGCUUUGAAGCCAGAGAAGAUGAUUUGUUGGUUGUAACAUAUCCAAAAUGUGGAACAAAUUGGGUAUUUCAGAUACUGAAUGAAAUGUUACUUUUCAGCCAAGUUAAAGUGCCUUCUAUAUACCAAGCUAUGCUUGAAUUUGGAAAACCUGGAAAAAUACAGAGUCUUAAAGAAGCUUCUUCACCAAGAGUGUUUGCAACACAUUUGCAUUACAGGGAUAUCCCUAAGUCGUUUUUUGAAAAGAAAGUAAAGACCUUGUUGAUUCUUCGUAAUCCCAAAGACACAGCGGUCUCUUACUUCCACUUCAGUAAUAAUAAUCCAGUACUUUCCAGCUAUGGAUCAUGGGAUUUGUUUUUCAAUGAUUACAUAAAUGGAAAAGUAUGCUAUGGGUCAUUUUUUGAUCACAGUUUGGCUUGGGGAAAGCACAUUGAUGAUGAAAGUAUUAUGGCAAUAACAUAUGAAGACAUGAAACUGGAUUACGCUACGUAUCUGAAAAAAAUAUCUGAUUUCUUUGGAUUCUCAUUGUCAGAGGAACAACUUGUAGUGGUUGAAAAUAAAACUACUUUUAAAUCUAUGAAAGAGAAUUCAGAAGGCACGCAUGGAAAACUUGGAAAUACUUUCUUCAGGAAAGGAGAAAUAGGUGACUGGAAAAGCCUUUUUACUGAAGCACAAAGCAAAGCGGUAGAUGCAAAGUUCGAACAGCAUCUUGCAGGGACUAAGCUGGGAGAGAAAUUAAACUAUAAAAAAUACUGUGAAUAUUAGAAAUUGUUCUUUGGAUUGAUUCCUUUAGGGAAAAUAUACAACUAAAAAUCUGUUUGCUCUUUUGAGAAAAAUAUUUUUUCACAUGCACAUAUACACUUACCAGCCUUUUGUGAGGGAUAAACAAUCAAUUCAAGAAUGAACUGUGCCUCCUGGUGGUGUAAGUUUGAUUUUACAACAUUAACAAACUUUUAGUAAAAUUUAGAAUUUAGACUUUAGGUGGAUUAUUUAUUAAGGAUCAAGUUGUGUUUUUCAUGAAAAUUCGAGUUUUUGAAUAUUAGAAAUUGUUCUUUGGAUUCAUUCCUUUAGGGAAAAUAUACAACUAAAAAUCUGUUUGCUCUUUUGAAAAAAAUAUAUUUUCACAUGCACAUAUACACUUACCAGCCUUUUGUGAGGGAUAAACAAUCAAUUCAAGGAUGAACUGUGCCUCCUGGUGGUGUAAGUUUGAUUUUACAACAUUAAGAAACUUUUAGUAAAAUUUAGACUUUAGGUGGAUUAUUUAUUAAGGAUCAAGUUGUGUCAAUCUCAAUUUUUUAAUAGCUCUAAUCCGAAAUAGCUCAAAUCCGAAAAAACCUGUCAAGGUGAUGUAAAGUCAAUUGCAGAGGUCCCUUGAACCAUUUGAAGAUGUUAAUAGCCUUCACGAUGUUCAAGUUUUUUGCCAAAAAUGCGAUCAAUUGAAGUGAUUCGAGUUUUUUCCCUCAAUCAAUUUCGAGUUUUCGGGUUGUUAACCCCAAACUUACUGAUUCAAGUUUUUCCCAUUCAAGGUUUUUUUCAGUUAGAAACCAUUUCAGCUAUGAGUUCAUUCAAUGUGUAUAAAACUCUAAAAUUCAACCUUUUAUAAAUAACCCCCUAGCUGUAUUUAACAUUCUUAUCUGUUCAUAACAAAAUAACUAAUUUUAGCCCUCCAUUACCUUGUGCAUUAAAAUUAAUAGUACAGUAUAUAAAUGUAGCAACCCAUAGGGUUAAUUUCCCUAUGGUCUGAAACCACAUGGUGGAAAUCCCCUGCUUGUGCAGCCACAGGGUCUCCUAGGGUCUUGGGAGGGGCUGGAGUCCUGUCCCUGUGUAGCAUGGCUGGCAGAUACCGGAGGGUGUCACAAGGUGUUGCUGCUGACCACUUUUGAAUAUAUAGGAGAGCCAUGUGCUCACAGGAGGAUUCCUACUUUCACUUUCAUGGAGAGAGAGUGGACAGAACUCAUGCAAAGAUGUAGGGGGCUAAAAGGAGUUUGAUAGCCCUGUGGGCUGAUGCAGGGUACUCUAAAGCCUCGUAAGCUCAACCAUGCAGGUUUGGAGUUUGAUGGACAUUUUCUGUGCUCGCGCUAUGGAGAUUGUUGGGAGCUGUAGUUCUGCAGAGGAGGAUAUCUGAGUGCUUGCGUUAUAGACAGUGCUGGGACCUGUGUUGUAAGGAGCAAAGGGGGUUUAUCGUGCUCGCACUAUGGACAGUCCUGAGGAUAAAACAAAUUGUGUGCUCGGCUAGGAGAGCCUGGAGCUUAUGAGGACUUCGUCGCUGUGAAUGCCUGUUCCAGCUCUGUGUGAGCCUACUCAUCUGUGUGAAUCCCAAGGGUGAGUUGUACCUGAAGGUAGCAAAAGAAACGGAUCCAGCGAGUCUCCUGUUGUGAUACAGGCUUUUUGUGUGGCUGCAUAUACCUUGUCCAAUGGGAAAGGUAUUUGGGCAGGUAGCGCUACCUGGGGACACUGUUUCUCUUUGGGGAAAAGGGACUGAGAUGCUUUGUCUGCGAAAGGAGUAGUGUGGGACUUUGCCUGGCAGGGAGGUGUCAGGACUGGACUUGCACAAGUUCCCUAGGGUAGUGGGUCAUGCUAUGUAACUGCAAUAUUGUACUGUGAAUAUUUACUUCCCUUCAAUCUGCACUUUCUUUAUUAUAAAGUUGAUAUUGUUAUAAAGCAAAGUGUUUGUUGAAUGUUUUCCCGAAUGGGGCCACCCGCAGGUGUAUUCCCAGAUCCCAUUAGGUGGAGGCACUGCCAGGAGAAGAACUUCCCAGUAUCCUUUUACCUUGCAAAGGACCUGAGUUGGUAAGAUGGUAUAACCUUGGCACGGGGGGG